AUGGCCUACGACUCGCCAUCGCCAGCAGACACCUCAGAGUUGUUGGCCCCUUCCCUCUGUCUCAACCCUGACGCCAUCGAGGAUCUUGCUCCCGUACAACCCUCAGAGGCCAAUCUCCUCCCAGACUCAUUCCCAACCCUUUCUUGGUCAGAACAGUCCUCUGCUGACCACAGAGCUGCAAAGGCUGAGAAACGACUCUGUUACCGACAUCGUCCAGACUUGCGAUCCAAACGAGCCGCUGAUGAGAUUCAACUUGAUCAACUCCAGCAGGAUAUCAAACGACUGCCUCGCCAGGAUCAACAGAUUAUCUCUCACAUCUGGUCCCUCUUCGGCUCUGCACCAGCAAGCCAUCGCCAGCUCGUCCUCAGCGGCCUCUUGACCCAAUGUUGUGUGCCCCAGCUCUCCUUCCUCUCCAACCAUCUUCAGCCUCUCCUCAAAAUUGACUUUUUGUCGAUCACUCCUCCCGAAAUCGCCUUCCGCAUCCUCUCAUAUCUUGACGCUACUUCUCUCUGCCACGCUGCCCAGGUCUGCAAGAGUUGGAGGCGUCUUGCCGAUGACGAUGUGGUCUGGCACCGGAUGUGCGAGCAACACAUUGGCCUCAAGUGCACAAAGUGCGGAUGGGGUCUGCCUCUACUAGAAAAGAAGAAAGUCAGGUCAAAGAGGCAAUUGGAUCAGCAUCAACAACAACUCCAGUAUCAACAUCAACAGCAACAACAAGUAUUACAAUACCAACAGCAACAACAGCUCGUCCAAUCACAGCAGAUCCAAGAGGUCCAGGGGGAAGCAGCGACAUCGCAUGCCAAUGGUCACACAGCCGAUGAGAGCGAUCAUGAAGACCACGAUCACCAUCACAACGACCACGGACACGGACACGGACAUGCGCACGGACAUGGCGCCGGAAGCACCAGGGUCGAAACCACACCUCCUCAUCCCUCGCCUCCAACUUCCACCGCUUCGUUGUCACCCACGGAUUCUACACCAUCUUCCGGUUGGUCAACGCGACGUCGCAGCGCACCUGACGAUAACGACAACGAAGCAGAUGCAGACCGGUCCCAGAAGCGAGCCCGUCGAGAUUCUCGCUCACCGUCGCCCUCAUCCUCAUCAUCAUCAAAGUCCGGAGCUAAGCGUUCCGCGCCCUUAUUUCAGUCACCAGAACCCCCAGUCAAGCCCACGGAGCAGGUCACCAAGAGACCUUGGAAGGAGAUUUAUUCAGAGCGUCUGAUUGUGGAGAGAAAUUGGCGAAAGCGCAACUACAGACUAAAGGCGUUCCGCGGCCACACCGACGGCGUGAUGUGUCUUCAGUUUGAUGACUCGUUCUUGAUCACCGGUUCGUACGACAACACUGCCAAGGUCUGGAAUAUUGAGACGGGCGAGUGUCUCCGCACCCUCACUGGGCACGCUCUUUGUGUGCGCGCACUCCAUUUCGACGAGGCCAAGCUGAUUACAGGAUCGAUGGAUCGCACUCUCAAGAUCUGGAACUACCACACGGGUCAAUGCAUCCGCACGCUCCAGGGACAUACCGAUGGCGUGGUUACUCUUGAUUUCGACUCUCGUAUCCUCGCUUCUGGAUCCGCCGACGCCACUAUCAAGAUCUGGAACUUUGCAACGGGCGAGUGUUCGACUUUGAAAGGCCACGGUGAUCUGGUCAACAAGGUUCAGAUCUACAAGAAGAACCUAUUGGUGUCGGCCAGUGACGAUACGACGGUGAAGUUGUGGGAUAUUGCUGCGAGGACGUGUCUCCGGACGUUUAAGGGACAUGUCGGACGUGUUCAGUGCCUGCAGACAUCAGGAGAUGCUCUGAUUUCGAUUAUCGCCGACCGUAUCCGCAAGCGACCCCAGGAGAGCACACAGAACAGCAGUUCGCAACAGGGAGCCAACGGAACCGUGUGUACCAUCAAUCGGUCGGGAGUUGUCGAGAAUGCGCCUCCAUCACCCUUGAACGAUGUCAUUUCGGAUACGGAGACCCGGAGCAUGAUGCCAAUUAUUGUGACGGGUGGAUUGGAUAACACGCUGAAGAUCUGGGAUGCGGAUUUGGGCGAGUGUCUGAACACGCUCUUUGGACAUGUUGAAGGAGUGUGGUCGCUCGCGUUUGACAAGCUGCGUAUUGUGUCUGGCUCGCUGGACAGGACGAUCAAGGUGUGGGACACGGAGAGCGGACGGUGUCUGUACACGCUGACGGGCCAUGACGGCCCUGUUACGUGUGUUGGGCUUGGGGAUACACGUAUUGUGAGCGGUUCGGACGAUGGUGUUGUCUUUGUGUGGGACUAUGGCGUGCACUCUUAG